CUCUUCCAGGCUACCGCGUCCGGAGAGCCUGGCGGACUUUGCUUCUAGCUGGCAGCCUGCUUUGACCUUUAGCGGGCUCUCGGCCUUUCGCGGUGGCUUGUCCGGACGCCACAUUAGUUGACAUUGAUUAAAUUGCAGGGGUAUAUCAAGUCAUCAGCAAAUCUAUAAAUAGAGCUGCAAUUCUACUUUGUCUCCAUACCCAUUUCCCUUUCAUCUCUACUAGUACAACAUAUUGAGAUUAACAUGGCUUCUCUUCAAUAUUUUCUCUUCACUUCUCUGUUACUGUUCCUUUGUUCCCCUUCAUUAGCCCAACAGUCUUUCCGUCCAAAGGCCUUGGUAAUUCCUGUCUCUAAAGAUGCCUCCACACUUCAAUACCUGACCACUAUCAACCAAAGGACACCCCUUGUGCCCGUAGACCUUGUGGUUGAUCUUGGUGGCAGAUACAUGUGGGUUGAUUGCGACCGGAAUUAUGUUUCAUCAACAUACUGCCCUGCCAGGUGCGGUUCAGCCCAAUGCUCAUUGGCUGGAGCAAAUGGCUGCGGAGAUUGCUUCUCAGCACCAAGGCCAGGGUGCAACAACAACACAUGUGGUGUCAGUCCUGAUAACUCUGUGACUCACACCGCCACUUUUGGUGAUGUUUCCCAAGAUGUUGUGUCUCUCCAAUCAACUGAUGGGAAGAAUCCUGGAAGAGUAGUCAGUGUGCCUAGGUUCCUUUUCGCCUGUGCACCGACUUUCCUGCUUCAAGGUCUUGCUAGCGGUGUUGUGGGCAUGGCUGGGUUCGGUAGAACUAGGAUUGGACUUCCUUCACAAUUUGCUGCUGCCUUCAGUUUCCACAGGAAAUUUGCUAUUUGCCUCUCAUCCAAUGGUGUUAUUUUCUUUGGCGAUGGUCCCUAUGUGUUCCUCCCUGGAGUUGAUGCAUCAGAAUCCCUUACUUUUACACCACUCUUCAUUAACGCUGUUAGCACAGCCUCUGCUUUCCCUCUGGGUGAACCUUCCGCUGAAUAUUUCAUUGGCGUGAAGUCCAUCAAGGUGAAUGAAAAAGUUGUCUCAUUGAACACAACAUUAUUGUCUAUUGACAGCGAAGGUGUUGGCGGCACAAAGAUCAGCACCGUGAAUCCCUACACGGUCCUGGAGGCUUCAAUCUUUAAAGCUGUCACUGAGGCCUUCAUUAAUGAGGCUGCUGCUAGGAACAUCACCAGGGUUGCCGGUGUGGCUCCAUUUGAGGUGUGCUUCAGCUCAAGCAAUAUUCUAAGCACACGCUUAGGUGCAGCAGUGCCAUCAAUAGAUCUUGUGCUGCAGAAUGAGAACGUUUUGUGGAGGAUUUUUGGCGCAAACUCGAUGGUAGAGGUUAGCAGGGAAGUGUUGUGUCUUGGGUUUGUUAAUGGUGGCUCAAACGCAAGGACUUCCAUUGUUAUUGGAGGGUACCAAUUGGAGGACACUCUUCUUCAGUUUGAUUUGGCAACUUCAAGGCUGGGAUUCAGCUCUACCCUCUUGGGCAGGCAAACUACUUGUUCCAACUUCAACUUCACAUCCAACGCUUAGAUGCCAUGCCCCUGGUCAAAAUAUGAAUAUAGAGUACCAAACAGUAUAAUUAUGUCUACUUUUAAAAAAAAAAUUGUAAGUCGGAUAUAAAGAAAGAAAUUAUAAAUAAAAAAUUUAAUUAAAUUAUAAA